AUCAAAAUGAUCGAGGUAAUAUAUAAAUAAUCAUAUAACAACUAUAAGUGUUCUUUGUCAUGGAUAUGAAUUUCAAACAGUACUAUCAACCAACUAACUUAACUACUGAUAUUCAUAACGCCAACGAUAAUAAUCAAUAUACAGAAAAUCAGCAAACAGAAUUCGACAAGUCAAGUACAAGUGUGAUCGUUUCAAAUCAUAUUAAAGAAUAUGUCCCUAGUACUAUAAUUUCUUCAACUGUAUCAAGUUCGCCUAUUAUUCUUAAUCAGACGUGUAAUAGUAAUUAUGAUACUAUUAAUGAUAACACAGUAACUAAAAUGACAACGGUUACCAAUUUUCCACGUAAUACUACAACAAAUCCAAUAUUCAGUUUUUGGCGAAAUUCAACAAGACGUUCAGGGAAUUGGGGUAGUCGUACUGGUACUAAAAAAUCAUUUGUAUGGAAAUAUUUUUUUCAUCCUGAAUUAAAUUUGGGUACUAAAGAUUUAACUCAUACACAAUGUAUUCUAUGUGAUAGUUUAUUAGCAUUUAAUAAUUCCGGUACAACAACCACUAUGUUAAAUCAUUUAAAAAGUCGUCAUGGUGAAAUUGUCCAACAAGAAUAUCAGCAAUCUAAAAAAUCACGUUGUGCUUUAAUGACAUUAAAAGAAAUGAAUAAAAUGACUAAAAUAAAUUAUAAUUUAACAAGUAAUAAUGCAAAAUUAAUUGACUGGUCAAAUAAUUUGAUUACAUCAACAUCAGAAUCAUUAAAAUCAUCAUCAUCAUCAUCAGGACCACCAGCACCAAUGACACUAUCCUACACAAAUGAACACUAUAAUCCAACUUUAUUAUCAAGGCGUACACAUCGUGGACGUCCACCUGGUUCAUACAGACAUCUUGAUUAUUCAAUGACAAAUCGUAAAUUCAAUCAAAUUAAUAAUAAUAAUAAUAAUAACUAUCCAAUUAGAAUUCAUAAUUCCAAUAUCAAUAUAUGUGAAGGAAGAGAAGUAAUCAAAGAAAACGAAGAAAUAAAUCAAUUACAAACACAAAUUAAGGUUAACGCUUGUAGCCCAUCAUACAGAUUAGGUAAUGAAAAGUGUACAAAUCCAUCCAACUUCUUAUGGUCACUACCAAAUAUGUUUACUACAUUAAAUAAUACACAAUUAUAUAAUACUACAUUACCAUUAAUCAAUAAUGAAUUAUUAAAUUCCAAUGAUAAUACUAUUAAUCAACCAAUAAUAUCUUCAUCUAAUUUAAACAAUCAUCAUCAUCAUCAUAAUAUACAAACAUCAAAUUCAUCUAAUGAAUUAUUAAAUGAAUUAUUUAAUUCAAUAAAUCCUAUAUCAAAUAUACAAUUGAAUUUAACAAAAUUAACUAAUUUAUAUAUAAAUGAAUAUUAUAAACAUAUUAAUCGACAAUUAUUAAUUAAUAAUAAUAAUAAUAAUAAUAAUGAAAUUUUCAAUCAAUCAAUAUUGAAUAAUUAUUUCAAUUCAUUAAAUUUAUCUAUAAAUGAUACAUUAAAACAACAAAAUUUUAUUCAUAAUAAUGAAUUACAAUUGAAUAAUUUAAAUAUCAAUUCAUUACCUAUAACAGAUUUUUCAAUUAAAUCUUAUCAAUCAUUAUUCAUCGAUACAAAUGAACCGCUUGAUUUAAGUUUAUCUACACAUAAACAAAAAAUUGAACAAGAAAAAUUAGAAAAUAUUUUAUAUUUAAAAUCUUAUAAUAAUAAUAAUAAUAAUCAUUCUCCAAUAUUUAUGAAUAGUACUGAUAAUACUACUAAUAAUAACAAUAUUAAUAGUAAUGAAGACUGGAAUUAUAAUUCAGCUUUUACAAAAGUUACAAAUUUUAAAGAAUCAUUAUCAAAAUCACCAAAACAAUCAUUAAAUCAUUUAAUAAUGAAGAAUGAAAAUGUAGAAAUGCAAAAAAAUUGUACAAGUACAAAUACAAUACAUAAUGAAAUCAAUGCUGAUACGACUAGUGAUAAUACUGGGUACUUCAAAUCACCUUCGGUAAUUUCAUUGGAUAAUGAAUUAACAAAUCAACAUCAAGGUGUAGAACAAUUUCAACUACUGAAUCAGAAAACCGAUGAAUCAAUUCUUUCUUCAUCUCCUUACUCUAUCAACAACUAUCCACUUUCUUGCUUUUCUCCAUCAUGUGAGGAAUUUCAUUAUCGUCUAGCUUACUUUUUAAUACGUGAUUUUCAUCCACCAAGAAUACUGGAGGAAGAAGGAUUCAAGAUUGUACAAGAGAUUGAAAAACUAUGUAAAACUAAUUAUUCACAAUUUACUGUAUCAAUGAUAUUACCAAUAUUAAAAAAUCUAUAUUCAAUAAAUAUUGAAAAAAUAAAUGAUAAUUUAUCAAAUCAGUUUUAUACUACUAUAAUAACAUAUUUAAAAACAAUUUUUAAUAAGAAUAAUAUAUUAGAAGAAUUUCUUUAUAUUUCAACAUUUCUUGAUCCACGUUUUAAGAAUUCAAUGAAUCAAAAUGAUUAUGAACAUAUUCUACAUAGAUUACAAAUAAAAAUAUCAUUAAUUGAUGAUUAUGUUGAAAAAAUGGGAUUACAUCGUAAAAUAAGUUAUAUGGAUGAAUUUCAAUAUUCAAUUAAUGAUUAUUUAAAUGAAAAAUCAAUUAAUAUUAAUGAGAAUCCAAUACAAUGGUGGAAUGAUCAAUGUGAUAAAUCAGAAAAAUAUUAUAUUUUCAAAAUUUUAGCUUUAUAUUAUUUAACUAUUCCAUUAAAUAUAUUAAAUAAUAAUAAUAAUAAUAAUACAAAUAUAGAUGAUAUUAAUAGUCUCCCUUCUGAUAUCAGUAGUCCCUCUUCUGAUAUCAGUAGUAAUUAUACUCAACAACAAAAUAUUAAUAAACUUAUAGAACAAUUUGAAAAUUGUUUUCAAAAUGAAAAUAAUUCAAUACAAAUUAAUAUGAGUAAAAUUAUUAAUGUUAACAAUAAUAGAUUACAAGUUAAUCAUAUUUCUACUGUAAUAUCUACUGAUUAUUGGAAAUCAAAUCGUUCAUUAAAUUUAUGGACUACAAUCGGAACUAAAUUUAUUCCAAUUUAUCGAUUUUUAAGAAAAAAUUGAAAAUUUUCUGAAAAUUUUGAGCAUACGGAUGAGGAUAUGAAUGUCUGAACUACUCAAUUGAAAAUAAUUUCAGCUAACUUAUCAAUAGUUAUUCACUCAUACAAUCAAAAUAAUAUUUGAAAAUAAAAUGUCUUUUGUUCUUUUCAAUGAAUGAAAAUCAAUUUCUAGUCUAUUCAAUCAUAAUUCUAAUAAUACACUAUUUAAUGGUCACA